GUCCUGUUGUUAUUGUAGUUCUAUAUAUAUACUACUACUACAUGUAGUAUCACUGUAAAUAGUUGCGCUAAUACUGGCCCUGAUAACAUGCAUACAUUGUGUCGUGUACACUAUGAAAUGUUUAUUCAUGCACAUAUUUUCUCUUCCUAUCUACAUGUCGUCCGGAAGUAUGAACAGUGUCGGGUUCAUGUACAUACAGUGUAUAUAUAUAAUCCCUGUUACAAAAGAUUAACACUAUAUGUAGUUUACAGUUCUCUAAAUAAUCUCAGUGUCAUUAGUAAGCUAAAGUGCAGUGUGGUGAUUAUGCAAAUCAAUGCUCUGUUGUACAAAUUGCACAACUGACUGAGAUUUUGUGAGCAAGACCCAUAAGGAAUCAAUUGGAAUGAAUCAGAAGAUGUGAAAUCAGCGUCCGCUAAUUUGAUAUCUGCUGUACAACAUGGCCUCCCUGCAACCACAAAGUCUGUGCAUCACAAGACACUUUGUCAGCUGCUGACUCAAAGUAUUCACACCGCAAGUGAUAAGCAGCCACUGAAUGAAGGGGAGACCACCAAAGCUCAUACAGAGGAAAACAAUAAUGAGGCUCUGGACCUGAAAAAUGACAGUAGUGAACGAAUGAAUAAGAAUAACAAUGGGUUCAGUAGAAUGACUGGAAGUGCUCCUCAUAGUAGCAGUGAAAAUAUUAAUUGGCUUACCGAUGGCUCUAACAAUCAAUCUUCCCCACCGAGGCCUUCCGAAGGUAUGCUAAGUAAUGUCACCAACAUAGGAAGUGAAUCGGUCUCAACAACCAUGUUAGCAUCAGCAGCCUCACCCAGUGGUAUGUCGGGGGUCUUCCGCCCGCCUUUGAAUGAUGCUGCCUCUAGACUCCUUACACACGGAAACAGCCAGUACCCUAAUCUGUAUUCAGCUGGGGGUAGUGCUGCCAGUUCAAUAUCUCCGUACUCUCUGCAAGGACAUAGUCCAUCUGCAGUGCAAGGAUCCCAUUUACAAAAUCUGGCACAUUAUAAUACAUUUUAUCAGCAUCCAUACAACUUGCAGAGAUCUGGUAUUCUGUCUGGACCUUACCCACAAAUUGAGUCUUACUCUGCUGUGUUACAAAGUAUGGGCACUGUUGUGCAACAGACCUCCCACACCCCAAUUCCACGCAAUACCUACGGUCCGGUGACACAGUAUUCUGGGCUAAGCAGCUCACACCAGCGCUCAAUGUCAGCGUCAGUGUCCUCUAGUCCUGACCCUCACCACAAUCAAGCUGAGAUCAGUCUCGCUGACAUGAAGAGAGAAAAGCUACAAGAGGAACACGAAUUGUUGUCUCGUCUGAAGGAUGAGCGCGCUCAAAGUCUUUCAUCUAUUGAAUUUUCUGGAGGAAAAUCUGUAUCAUUUAAGGACCCACCUCGUCGGGAAUCUCACCGUGAGGCCAGCUACAAAGUGCCUAGUGGAAAGGAGGGCAGUCUGAAACACCGGAUUCUGACUCGCCCCUCUGACAGUGCAAUACAGAGUUCUCACAUAGACUCACGGUUCUCCACGUACACAGCGGAAGAACCUGCCCUCAAACGAUCAAAAAAUAAUCAUGGAGGGAUGUCUACCAAACAUUCCGCGGACGAGGGGCCCAGUGGGCAUUCCAUGAUGCCUCAGUCCUCCAUGCGACAGAGCCCAUCCUCUGCCCAGGGCUCGGGUGCACACUUACAUUAUCCCCCCCAUUUCAUGAAAGGAUCAAUUAUACAGCUUAGCAAUGGUGAAUUAAAACGAGUGGAGGACUUGCAAACAGAGGAUUUUGUACACAGUGCAGAAAUCAGCAAUGAUCUCAAAAUAGAUUCCAGUACUGUGGUGAAAAUUGAAUUCAAUCCUGACCACAGCACAGCUAUUCUCGGUUUUGUGGUAGGCGAGCACAAAGUGCAGGUGACAGUGGAGGCCACGUUGGAGCAUCCAUUCUUUGUCUUUGGACAGGGUUGGUCCUCAUGCGAACCCGAGCGUAGCCUUCACCGCUAUGGUCUGGACUGCCAGAGGCUGAGUGUGGGGGAUGUUUGCAUCUCGCUGACACACAAAGACGUGCAGGAGAGGGCCGCGGAGAUCUCCCUACAGCAGCAGGAGCUGUCAAAGGAUUCCCCUCUCAGGGCGUCCGCUCUCAGAAAUUCCACCUCCUCCCUCAGCCCCGCCCACAAGGGGACGUCGCCCGGUGACGUCGAGGGGCGAUCCCGGAAGCACCACCUCUCGUCCUUGUCCAGUCACCAUGUGGAUUCUCAGAAAGACAAUGUAGAAGUGAAGCGGGAGAGCCCCCACUAUAGUGUCACCUGAUGUACCCCCCUCCAGAGAGCCCCCACUAUAGUGUCACCUGAUGUACCCCCCUCCAGAGAGCCCCCACUAUAGUGUCACCUGAUGUACCCCCCUCCAGACUCAAAGCUAUCAAUAUCUGUGUUGUUAUGUUGUUACACAGAAAAAAAAACAGAUCAGCUCCACCCUUCCUUGUUUUAUUAGACUCUUGAUAUUGUUGUCUGAGUUUAAAACAACAACUUUAGAGAUGAGGGUACAUUUUUUUGUACAUGUAUAUUUCCAUCUAUCUGUAAUGACAUAGUGUUCCUGCUUGGUUUAGUUUUAAAGUGUUCCCUGCCUUUUGAUUGGUUGACACGGUUACACUGUAGCAAUGAGGCCUCAAUUAAAUUGCUGUUUUAGUGCAAUUGUUUUAAGUCCCAGCACUAUAAUAAGUACGAUGAUAGAAUUUGUUUUUCCUUCAAAAAGUGCUAUUAGAUGUUUUCAAAUGCUUGUUAGUUUAGAGAAAUACCCUGCAUUCUCAUGCAGUACACUGUUCUAGUAACUUGCUCAUUAAUGAUGUAUAUAAUGAAGGCAUAUAUAACCAACCUAGGGGUAGGCUUAUCAACAAGCCACAAUAGGAAAACAUGUCAGCUUCUGGUUAUUUUUAUCCUCAUUUAUUUUAAGAAUACCAAAAUGAAGAGAUCUGUUGGAAGCUAAUUAUCUUAGAGCCCAUUGAACAUAAAAUUUGUGUUUGUUGAACAAACUAUCCAUAUUGUAAUUCCUCGAUUUCAAAUUUUUAGAACUAUACUGUAUAUUUUUGCCCCCUGACCGGGAGUUGACAAAUUUUUAUGAUGUCAUCAGUAUUUUUAGAGUGCUUUGUUAUAUAUAGUCUAUGAUUCAUUGAAUUAUUUUUAAAAUGACAUUUACUGUACUUCACUGUGAAGAACCCUUUAUGGAUUUUGUUAUAGACUGUCUAUUUCUUGUUAUUACAUGUUGUUUCAUGGAAAAUUGAUUGUGAUAAUUUUAGAUUAUUUUUAUCUUAGAUAACGCACAAUACAAUUACAAGUUUAUUAAUUCUAAGAAAAAAAGCAAUGAAUGUUGUAACAGUGUGUUUGAAUGGGUAAGGAAAACAGUUUUUGAUUUAUAAAACAGAAUGAAAUUUUUGGUUUUUAUGAAUUGUUGUUUGAUCAAACGAGUUUUCUCUCUAAAAUGCCAAUGUACAGAUAACAUAUCUUCUUCUUUUUUUAACUUUUAUCUUGAAAAUGCACUUUUUUGUCUGAAGUAUUAGAAACGCACAGCAUAACUACAGUGUUGAAACAUGUCAGGAAUUUUUUUCCUAUGAAAAAUGGCGAUAUCAAGAAGUAGAAAAACAACAAUGUUAGAAUGAUCUCCAGCUUAUUGAACAAUUUUUUAUUUUUAAGAAAAAUAAUAUAUGGGUGGUUUUCCAAGUCCAUUCCACAUUGAAAGGGAAUGCUUUCAUAAGCAUGCAGAUUUGAAGGAAAUGUGGUCUGUAAUUCAAGCCAUUAUUCUUAUCCAGCUAAUAAGAAACAAAAAAAAUAUGUAGUGAAACCCUAUAUGGUUGUUGUUGUAACAUCCAUCACAUACUAUGAGCAAUUAUCAAACUAUUUCUACAAUACAGGAACUAAGAAUCGGUCAAAGUGUGUCAAAUUACACUUUAUUAUGCAAUAUUCUCUCUUUUAAACCUAAAGAAGACCCUUGAUAGGAAAACGCAUUAGAAUAGGUGUACAUUGAACCACUGAGACAUUUCUGGGUUAAUAUAUUACAUGUGCAAAGGGCAACAACUCCAAUGAACGAGCAUCAGAUAUGUUUACACGUUGUUUUGUUGUUGCAUUAUUGUUGGGGGUGGGAUGUGUGACUUGGCCCCUUAAGCAAAUUAAUACAUGGUCAUAGUCAGAUGGAAUGUUAAAACAUUUGUACAAUUCUACUCAAGUUCUUGUAGAUCUCAGUUUUUUUUUAUAUUGGCAAUAUCUUCUGAAGCAAUUCCUGAGCAAUUGAUUCUUAAAAUUUCAUCUCUGCACGAAGUACGCAGUUAGUGCCUUACUCUGUCACAAAGGGACUGGAAAGAGUAAAGCUUCAAUACUGAGAUUCUCAUUUUAUUGUUAUGUGAGGAAACAUUGUAUGGGUUAUGAGAAAAAUGCUAUGAAUAUAUACCUCGAAAUUCAGAAAUUACUUUUAAAAGCUAUGAAACAUUGUAGGCAGGACAUUUCCUCUUGUUCUUAAAUACACAAAUUCAUUGGGAGAGACAGUACUUGUAAGCAUUAAUUUCUGUUUCUCAAAAAAGCCAGAAUUAGCAGGUAAAAAUAUGCUUAUUCAAGUACCCACUUCAGAAGUCACCAUAUUCAAAGUGCACUGAUAUUGUUAGGAAACAUGACUCAGUAAAGAAAGAUGAGAUAAAUGAUAGGCAAUGUUAUCGAAUUGAUAAGGAAACUUUAGUCAGGAGUUUGAUGAAAUUUGUGUAUUUUUCAUUUGACUUUUAACAUUUGACAACACAUUUAGGAUAUCUCUCUUGAAAGACACACUAACAUUAGUUUACUCCCCAGAUACAAACCUAGAAUUUUAACUGUCAUAAAAUUGUUCUCCACUUCAUCUAUUGUGCGACAAGGAAAUAUGAUAUAGCUCAGGGAUUCUGGAGAUGGAAGGUUCACACCGAGUGUCCCGAUUUGUGAUAAGAGGAAGGUCAAGGCCGGCAGCUAGAUCUGGAGGAACUACUACAUCACAACUUCGCACAAUCUCUGCAUUUACCCAGUGCCUUUCAUGUUGUCCACAUAGCACAUUUUGUUGUACCAUCUUCAGGCAUCUUUGUAACAUUUUACUAACAUGACAGUCAAAAAAAAGUUUUGGGUGAAAUUGUCAUUGGAAUAGCCAUGUUAUGUUUGGACACGUGAUAAUGUCUUUGUAAGUGAAAGUGUUUUUCACUUUUUCCUUGCAAUGUUUUUUUUUUCGAUGUUGUCCAUGCACACAUAAUUUUGACGAGAGUCAAGUUAUGUAACAAACCCAGUGAAUUGUGUUACAUUUAUGUUAAAAAUCGGUGACUGCAGAUAACUGCCACACUAUAUAGGAGAAUAAUUCAAUCAUCAUACAUUUUCACACAUACAUGUAGCUAUUCAAAAAGGUCUUUUUUUUAAAUAAUUGUUUAUCAUAGCAGAUAAAAAUGGAGAAAAUGGACAACAAUUGUCAGUUGGUACUUGUACAAACAGUUUGAGUGGCAUUGAAAAACCAUCAUUUUUCCACUUCUUGUAUAGCAAACCUCUGUAAUCAAAUCAUGCUAGACUCAGGUCAAAAAUGAAAAGAACUGUUUCAUACAUGAGACACUGGCCCAUUCUCCACUGAAUAUACAUUUCAUAUUCCAUCAGUGAUCAUAUAUAGCAGUAUUUGUUCAUCAUCAAGUGCUUGAAACCCUUCAAUAUUUUCACCUUGUACAUAUCCCUUGGAAUCUGUUCAAGGUACAUGUUCAUUAUGAUUGAGAUACCCAUGUUUCUGAUGGUUGGUAUACUUGUAUGUGUUGUGUUGAGACACCAAACGUACAAGAGAACGACAGAAAUCUCAACAUGUGACUAUAUCUUGCUUGUUGUUAAUUUUUGUCGGAAUUUUUUCUCUGCAUUCUCUGUUUAUCCUACAUGCUGAGAAAAUCAUUUCUGUUAUUAUGAUGUUAUCUAUGAUGUUAUUUUGUUAGUUGUGCUUAAUUAGAUGUGAACUAGUUUUGUAUAAAUUGACACAAAAUGUUAUUAAAAAAUUAAUUCAAUAUACAGUCUCAAAGUGCUCCAGUUUUAUAAAAUCUGUUAAAACAAAAUGAAUAAAAGCCAUUCUAAAAUAAAGUAUUUAUCAAAUUG